AUGGCGGCGGCGAUGGCGGUGGCCGGGGAGCGGCCCGGGCGCCCCGCAGAGCCGGGGCCGGGGCGCGGGGAAGAGCCCUUCAGCCCCUCGGUGCUGGGCACCAGAGAGCACUGGGAUGCUGCAUAUGAAAGAGAACUGCAAACUUUUCAAGACAUUGGAGAUGCUGGGGAAAUUUGGUUUGGAGAAGAAAGCAUGAUUCGCAUAAUCAAAUGGUUGGAAAAACAAAAGGUCCCCCAUGACAGCCCUGUGCUUGAUAUUGGAACUGGAAACGGUGUUUUACUGAUUGAAUUGGCAAAGUCUGGCUACACGAAUCUCACUGGGAUCGAUUACUCUCCUUCUGCAAUACAACUUUCAGAAAAAGUAAGAGAGAAAGAAGGGAUGUCUGACAUUAAAUUAAAGGUAGAAGACUUCCUGGCUCCAUCAGAUGAGCUGUCAGGAUUUGAGAUUUGUAUUGACAAGGGGACUUUUGAUGCCAUAAGCCUUAAUCCUGAUAACGCGGUGGGAAAGAGGAAGCAGUACGUGAGAUCUCUCUGCAGUGUAUUGAAACCAGAGGGCUUUUUCCUCAUAACGUCUUGCAACUGGACCAAGGAGGAGCUGUUGAACGAGUUCAGAGAAGGAUUUGAAAUUCUGGAGGAGCUGCCAACACCCAAGUUUUGCUUUGGAGGAAGAAUUGGAAACAGUGUAACAGCAUUGGUUUUCCAAAGGAAAAAAGUGAGGCCAUCCAUCUUGGACAAAUUAGAUUAGUUGAGAAAAGCCUGAACUUUAAACCUGACAGAAAACCUCAGACACGUGUGUAAAUAAAUGCUCUUUGAGUACACAGUAAAAUACUCUGUAUGGAACUCUAAGGGACUAUAAAACAUUGCCCUAGAAACAUUUCAGCUUUGCAUAACUUGCCCGUAAAUUUUGUCCUUGCUGCAACCUCACUUGUUUUAGGGAAGCUGCAAGUUUGUAAGUGAGAGAGAAAUAAGGCAUUCUAAAUACAGAGACUAAUAUAACUGAGUGAUAUUUGUGUUUGGAACACAAAGAUUCUCUGGUAUUUAAUUUCUGUAUUGGUAAUCAGUGACCAAUAGAGGCAAAGGUAUUCUACAAA